GGAUUUCUCUCAUGUCAACUGCGCCAUAACCGUGCAGUGUCAUUGGUGCUUUCUGCAGACUGACGCCGCUCUGCACUGGGUGUGUGAUUAUUCUGCCACGGCUGUUACAAUAUGAAGGGAAACCUUGAGGUCAGGAAAACGUUCAGAAAUGUUCUUAAAGCUCAAAAGCGACAUUGUUUUAAGAGCAGUGAAGCCAUAUUGAGAUUGUGAGGAUGAGGUAACGGAUUGGAUUCACUCAUUCUUAAAGGAUGCCCCCUGGUGUAGUCUCAGCGAUCCUCCUCCUCCUCACCACAUCAUGUGCACAUGCAGUGGGUCCGUCAUGUCUCUGUUCAGUCCAGAAUGCGUCUCUGCAAUUGAACUGCAGCUCGCUGAACCUCAUGGAAGUGCCUCAUCUGUCCUCCGGCACCACCGAGCUCCACAUCCAGGACAAUCGUCUCACCUCGGUGUCUCCGGGCCUGUUCGAUAGACUGGUCAGUCUUAAAAGGGUCUCCCUUCAUGGGAACCCCUUCCACUGUGACUGCAGGAUCCAGUACCUGAGGAACUGGCUGCUGAAGAACAGAGCGAUGGUGCUGAAGGAGCCCACCUGUGCCAGCCCGAGCUCUGUGGCCCAGAGAGCCGUCGCUGACCUCACAGACGACCACUUCUCCUCAUGUGUCGCGGCGAGCUGCACCACCGGCACUUACAACACUGUGAUGGUGGCGAUUCUGUGCUGUGUCAUCGUGCUGCUUCUGUGGAGCUUGAGACUGGCCAAAAUGUCCACCUUCACCCUGUCCAUAGAGAAGAGACACACUGGGAUUGAGGCCGGCUCUUUGCAGUCACUGAAGCCGAGGCACCGGAGGAGGCUGAACACGGUGCCGUCUGAAGCCAGUGUGGACCUGGACAUCAACCACCUGGAAAGGCCACUUCUCAACAUGGAGUUACUGCCUCAAGUUAUUGAUGUGUUGCAUAAGAAGCACAAUAUAAAGAUCAAGGCUACCUAAUGGACCAGACCUUGCUGUCUGGUGCAGGGACUAGGUUUUAAU